AUGUUUAGACAGGCUUUCCGUCAAAUGAGUGUAGCUGCUAAUAGAAGUGUGGAAGGUCCCAUUGCCCAGUGUAUAGAUCGAAAGAUCCGCCAAAAAUUCCCAGAUUUGCAGCAUUUCGCACUGUUCAACGACUCUUACAAACAUUCACACCACCACGGCAUGGCAGAAGCAGAAAACAAAAUCGAGUCGCAUUUCAGGCUUGAGAUUGUAAGCGACGGAUUCCAGGGACUCACUUUGCCCAAGAGACACCGACUCAUAUAUAGCUUAUUGGAUGCGGAAUUGCAGAAUGGAGUGCACGCUUUGCAACUGCAGACGAGAACCGGUGCAGAGCAAGCCCGCAAGCAGCAGCAGCAGCAGCAACAGGGCUGA